GUUCACCGUGCUAACUAUCUGUUCGCUACCCCCGCACAUCUGUCCCUCCUUGAGUUCUGGUGAUAGUUUGUUUCAACGUACUUGGGUUCAAACUGGCUGCGAUUAAAGUCUACACGUCUCGAGAAUAGGAAUUGUUUCGCAAUAUGCAGCAUCCUGAUCGUGAUGUUGAACCUGCGGCGCCCGCUGAAGACCAGCCUUUGCUGCAGUCGGCGUCCGCGCCUGAGGCCAUGUGGAAGCCUCCGCGUGGGUUUGUCUGGAUUCAAAUAGCAAUAAUGUCCAACGUCUUCCUAUCCGGCUUCGACGGCACUAUCACGGCGUCGACCUACGCGGUGAUCAGCUCCGAGUUCAACGCCGCCAACACGGCCUCGUGGCUGACCACUUCGUACCUGAUCACCAGCACGGCGUUCCAGCCGCUGUACGGGCGGUUCUCUGACAUCUUCGGACGUCGCACGUCAUUUUUCACCGCCACGAUCACGUUCAUCGCGGGGUGUAUCGGCUGCGGUGUUGCGCAGGAUAUCGUCACACUGAAUCUGAUGCGCGCGCUGACGGGGAUUGGCGGGGGUGGGUUGAUGACUAUGGCAACGAUCGUCAACUCCGAUCUCAUCCCUUUCCGCCGUCGCGGCAUGUAUCAGGCACUGCAGAACGGGAUGAACGGCUUCGGAGCCGUCUGCGGCGCCUCGUUCGGCGGAUCCAUCGUCGACACGAUCGGCUGGCGCUGGUGCUUCAUCAUGCAGGUGCCCGUGGGCAUAUUCGCCCUUGUCACCGGCUACCUGGUGAUCAACCUGUCGUCGCCAUCGUCCAACGGGCUGGUACAGCCAGGCCAGGGUCUGCGCGCGAUCUGGAAGUACGUUGAUCUGUCGGGCGCCUGUCUGCUGAUCCUGGGUCUGUCCAGCCAGCUGGUGGGUUUGAGUCUGGGCGGCAACGAGCUCCCGUGGUCGGAUCCGUGGGUUGUUGGAUCGCUGGUCGGCAGUGUCGUGCUGCUUGCGUUAUUUGUGUUCGUUGAGGGAACUACGUCGGCUAUUCCGUUGAUUCCGCUGCGUAUGCUGAAGGGUGUUUUGCCUGUCGCGACGCAGAUCUCUAACGUUUGUGUUGGAAUGGCUGCGUAUGCUUUUCUGUUCACCCUUCCGCUGCUCUUCCAGGUUAUCUUGCUCGAUUCGGCCUCCAAGGCUGGGGCCCGCCUGGCUGUCCCGUCGCUGGCUGCUCCCAUUGGGAGUCUCGUCUCUGGCAUUGUGAUGUCACGCUGGGGAAAGCUCGCGCACCUGGUCCGCACGGGAGCCGCCUUGAUGUGUAUUGGUAACUUCCUCGUGAUGCUGCUGCAGUUCAACGACUCUGAAUGGAAGUAUUAUGUCUAUGUCAUCCCUGCCAGCUUGGGACAGGGCAUUGUCUAUCCCGGAAUUUUGUUCACGUUUUUGGCGGCGUUCGACCACGCAGACCACGCUGUCUCCGCCUCAACUGUCUACCUAGUCCGCUCGCUGGGUACGGUGUGGGGCGUGGCCAUUACGUCGACGAUUGUUCAAAACACAUUGCGCUCGGGUCUCGCAGAGGCCCUGAGUGGAGUACCAGAUAAAUGGAAACUCAUUGACGACAUUCGUCACUCCGUCUCGGCAAUCUAUACGCUUCCCCCUGAGGUGCAGAUGGCCGCGCGCCUGGUGUAUUACCGCGGGAUUCGACUAUCGUUCCUGGCGUCUGCCUGUUUUGGGCUCGUGGCGACCAUCGCGGCACUGUUCACGCGAGGAAAGGGGCUCCACCGGCCCGGCGAGGCGUAGGCCUAUCUUGUUGUCAUGACCCCAACAUCGGGGUCUCAAUUGUGGGUAUCAGGGAGGACUAGAUUGAGAACUUGACGUGGAAGAGAUAAGGUAAGUGAAAAUUGAGGAGGGAAUUCGAAUAUUCCAGAGGUCGGUGAAGAAGGAACUCUAUCAGGGGAGGGUCUGAAUUGGGUUUACAAUCCAAUCGGGUGGCUGGUAUGACGCCUUGAAGGACUGCAGUGUCCUAGAUAGAGCUAGAGCGCAGUAGCUCGAUAGGCGUAUCCAAUCCACUCGUUCGAUUAUCAGCAAGCCGUGAUAACGCGUAGGGUGGAAAUCCUCGUGCGGAGAUAGCGUUGGGCGUAAGAAUUGCCUAUCUCGCUAGGGAUCAUCGGACGGCCGAGUUCGUAUCAUUCGGAGUCAAUAGAUAGUGAAAUGCGGGGAGAGGCGAAUACAGCAAGACAUUGGCUGCUUCCCCGCAAAAUCCAUAUGGUUCACUCGGCAAUGUGGACUAAUUCCGCCGUCAUUCCGCAUUUGUUCGAGGCUUGAUGUGUCGAUCGUCACGAUAGGCACUGCAGGAAACUUGAUAAGCUGUCCGGUGUCACUGUCAUGCUG